AUUUCAGAAAUUAAACAAAAGAAUUCUCUUUUUCUUUCAAAUGGGUGUACAAAAGAUUGUUCUCCUUUCGAUCUUCGUAAUGUUUAACGUGUUUUCACUUGUGUCAUGUACUGAAUUUGAAGCUGGAGGAGAAAAUGGUUGGAACAUACCACAAUCUAGUAACCAGAGUGAUAUGUUUAACCAAUGGGCUUCCAAAAACCGGUUUAAAGUUGGCGACACUAUCCGUUUCAAGUACAAGAAAGACUCUGUUUUGGUGGUAACAGAAGACGAGUACAAGAAAUGCCAGACGACCAAACCGGAGUUAUACUCCAACCACGACGAUACGGUUUUCAAAUUGGACCGUCCCGGUUUGUUUUAUUUCAUAAGCGGCGUCUCAGGCCACUGUGAAAAGGGUCAGAAAAUGAUUAUUAAAGUCAUGGAGGUCGAAUCUCCGCCGCAAUCUCCUCCACCUUCUUCGUCUCUAGCCGCUUCUUCAACUCACAAGAAAAACCACGCCGUGAGGAAAACGAGUCGGUUCUUAGGUGCCGGUUUAGUCACAAUUUCGAUUCUGGCUUUGACGGUUUUUAGUGUUGUGUAGUCUUGGUUUUUAGAGUAUGGAAAACCAUACGACUCGGUUAUGGCGGUUCAGCUGUGGAGGUUUAUUCCGGUUUUGGUUUUAGUUUAUUAAGGGUUUUUAAUAGGUUGUUGAUUUGAUUUUGGUUUUUGGUCACUUCAGAGCUUUAAAAUAAUUUAACUCAUGUCUU